AACCCUGUGUGGACUUCAUCAGCGGAGGGGCGCACAACCCAGAUGAACCGGACAAAGGAACAGCACCAGGGGUAGAUGCAAGCAUCUCUGCAGGGACACCAGAGAAGAGCACAGAAGAAGACACGUAAACAUUGAAGCUAAUGACUGAAUUUUUUGUUUUCUAUACUGAAUUUUUUAUAUAUAUCACUGUAAAAAAUAUAAGUGAGCUGUAUGAGACACAAUUAAGGGACGGAAGGUUUCAAGGUCUUGCCUGUUUUACAGAUAAAACACGGCUUAAACGUAAGGAAAAGGUGACUCAGUGAAAGUCUUAUAUAUUAUAUGUUGUAUUAAUUAUUGCUUUAUAUAUCACGUUAACAAUAGCUUAUUUUUUAUUCAUCUAUCGGGUAGAGGGGUAGGGUUAUCAGGACAUUAACCAUGGGAUGGGUAAAUAAAGCCCUAGUGGUAUUGGGCUCAAUACUACUAGGGGGUCUUAUUCUAUAUUUUUCUAGACUUCUUACCAAGACAAGCGAGCAAACAGGUAACCAACCAGACACACCCCAAUCACACUUUGACCAGAACAAAACGAGACAUACCUCAACGUAGAACUAAAAGAUCGAGUCAAUGUACUUCUAAAGAAUUCGAAUUAACAUAUACAUUUGGUAGCAACACCAUCUAUCAGAUAGAUUUAUGCGACAUUAUUGACUGCGGGGGGUCAGAUGGGGGCCUUCAAUGGCGUGGUUAUGCGUUGUACACAUGCUCAUUCAACAGCCGAUACAGAUGGUGUCCGUCAUGGGAUGCGGUGUGGGCCUAUACAGGACCACACUGGAAUCCAGGGAGGAAGUGUCCAGCUAAUCAUCUCUGCAUUUCCUCCCAUGUUUCUGUUAUGAGAGGUCAAAUACAGUCUGGCAUACCGCGAGAGCGUCGGAACACUCAAUCAAACAACAAAAAUAACCCUAUGCUGAUCACUAUUAAAAAUCUUAAACAAAACCCACUGAGUGGAGGGGAUUGCGGAUCCAAUGACACAGGACGUAUAAUAAUAGGGGUAGAUCAAUCAGGAACUGAUAAAAUGGGGGUAAUUAGAUUCAAAUUCUUACCGGAACCAAAACCAAAACCAAAAGCAAAACCAGAAACAAGACCAAAACCAAAACCAAAACAAAGUCAAACGUCCACCGCAACCUCAGUAAACCCCCCAUCACUCACCUCAACACAAACCCCAGAACAGACCGAUCCCCGAAUAAUAAAAAUAGAUUUUACCCAACUAAAUACAAAUGACAUCAUACGUUUAGCCACGGGAUAUGGGGAUAGAAACAUCUGGCUUGAUUGGAUGACGUAUACUGCAAAACAAUACAAGGCAGGUAAUUGUUUUGCCUGCUCAACUGCACGACCCACUCUAUUUAUGGUACCCGGACCGAUACAUAUGGACGACCCAGAGGGGUGGGAAUGCAUGCAGCAACUUAUAACAUCCGGAUCCAAUAUAACCGACACAUGUACUAGACUAGAUGAAAUAUAUCCGCCCCUAAGGAAAGACAUCCAGCCACCAAUGUUUACUAUACGGAAAGGGGACUAUGUAUGUUUUAAUAGAACAGGCCAAAUUAGUGUAACAAAGGGGACCGCUAAAUGGUGUAACGUAUCCUAUGAUGUAACAGGAAAUGAAACUUCUAAUAACUGGACUCAGGGCCGAGGUGAUCUUUUCUGGUAUUGUGGAAAUCAAAUCUUAAGAAUCAUGCUACCAGCUAAUUGGUCCGGAGUAUGCUCAUUAGUCCGGUUGGCAGUACCUAUGACUAUCAUAGGAUUAGAUAAAAGACAAAAUAUACGCCAAAAGAGGAGUUUUGACACCUCUGCAAAUAAUCCCACAUACAUAGAUGCUAUUGGUGUACCUCGGGGAGUGCCAAAUGAGUUUAAAUUAGCUGAUCAAAUAGCUGCAGGAUUUGAAAACUUGCCCCUGGUGUCCGCUUUGUUUCCUAUCACACCCAGUAAAAAUGUUGACCGCAUUAACUACAUCCACUAUAAUGUUCUCCGUUUGACUAAUUUAACCCGUGAUGCAAUUGCCGGACUAGCUGAACAAAUGGCUCCUACGUCACUGAUGGUGAUCCAAAAUAGAAUGGCAUUGGAUAUGCUGCUAGCCGAAAAGGGCGGAGUAUGUUCCAUGUUCCAAGAUUCCUGUUGUAUUUUCAUCCCCAACAAUACAGCACCUGACGGGACAGUGACCAAAGCAUUAGAAGGACUUAGGACAUUAUCUGACAAAAUGCAUGAGGAUUCUGGUAUUGACAGCCCGAUAAAUGAUUGGUUAGACCGUACUUUUGGGAAAUGGAAGUCUAUGAUAAUUUCUCUGUUUUCCUCUAUCCUCGUUGCCAUUGCAUGCCUGAUAUUAUGUGGUUGUUGUUGCAUUCCAUGUAUUCGUCAUCUCAGUGAGAGAGUAAUAAUUACUGCUAUAGAAAAGAGACAGCCUGACAACCCACCUGCUUAUCAGAUGAGCAUGCACACAGCGGAAGAAGGGGUAGAAAGGCUUAAUUUAGAAUACCGUGACACCGACCCCGAUUCAGAGGGCGGGAAUGACUUGAACCUCAUGUCAUAUAUUUCUGUGAAGUGAACUUAGACAAGUUCAAAAGAGGGUCUGUUGGAAAUAUAUCAUGAAGAAUAAUAUGGCAAAUGCUUAAACUAUUAUGUUACGAGUUCAGUGGGUUGAAGAUGUUUAGACUAGAAUUAGAAGAUGAAUACUGUGGCGUCUGAGGGACGUCUCGUGCAGAGUCUCAAGGGUGAGACGGCAUAAACAUAUUUUUGUGUAGAUAGAACAGUCUCAAGGACUCAGCCUUAGGGAAGAAACAGAUAGGGGGGAGAGGACAGAAUGAUAUGACCAGUAGACAGCGUUGUCUAAGGAUGGAGUCAGAUAAUAGGAAGGUCAGAUAUUGUGGAAAAGUACUACAGUGAUAUUGUGGAAAAGUACUAAGACGGAUCAAAACU